AUGUCGACGAUUCAGCAGCUCAAAAACUUCAUUCGUCACGGCAAGCAGGCCAGGACGAACAACAACCACCAGGAGGAAACUCCACGGAAACAUGAUCAUUCACCACCAACUGGCUCAUCUGCACACAAGGCCAUGGCUCAUGUAACCGAACCCGCAAUGUCGGUCCCCCCGCCGAAGGCCGCACAACACCAUGCCCAACCCAUCCCGGACGCCUACUCUGCUCAGCCCGGAGACAACCAGCACCGUGUCGCCCAGGCCAAUGACGUCGCCGCACACCACGCAGAGGAGACAGUCGAGUCGGCCAAGUCCAAGAGCAAGCGCAACGACGACUCCCACGUCGCCAAGCUGAUUCAGCAGGAGAAUGAGAGCCGUGGCAAGUUCCCCAAGUACCCUGGGCUGGAGCGAUGGGAGCUCGUCGAGAAGAUGGGCGACGGCGCCUUCAGUAAUGUAUACCGGGCACGCGACCUGACCGGAGACGCUGGCGAGGUCGCCAUCAAGGUCGUGCGGAAAUUCGAAAUGAACAACAUGCAGCGCGCAAACAUUCUCAAGGAGGUGCAGAUCAUGCGCCAGCUUGACCACCCUAACAUCAUUAAGCUGAUUGACUUUUCAGAGUCGCGGCAAUAUUACUACAUCAUACUGGAACUCGCACCUGGUGGCGAGUUAUUCCACCAGAUCGUGCGCUUGACAUACUUCAGCGAAGACCUGUCACGCCAUGUCAUCACUCAAGUCGCCGAGGCAUUAGAGUAUCUCCACGAAGAGAGAGGUGUUGUUCAUCGUGAUAUCAAGCCGGAGAACAUUUUGUUCAGACCCAUACCAGUGGUGCCGUCCAAAUCUCCAAAGCCCAAGCAGCCAGGUGACGAGGACAAGGUCGACGAAGGCGAGUACAUACCCGGACAUGGUGCCGGAGGUAUUGGUCAAAUCAAGAUUGCCGAUUUUGGAUUGUCCAAGAUCGUGUGGGACAAUUCGACCAUGACGCCGUGUGGUACAGUCGGCUACACCGCACCUGAAAUUGUCAAGGACGAACGCUACUCCAAGUCAGUGGAUAUGUGGGCAUUGGGUUGUGUGCUAUACACAUUGCUGUGCGGCUUCCCGCCAUUCUACGACGAGAGUAUCGAGGUUCUUACAGAAAAGGUCGCCAAGGGCCAGUACACCUUCCUGUCACCGUGGUGGGAUGACAUUUCGAAAUCCGCUCAGGAUUUGAUCACCCAUCUGCUGACGGUCGAUCCGGAGAAACGAUACACUAUUACGGAGUUCUUGGCGCACCCCUGGAUUCGUCAAGGUUCAGGGCCGACACCGCGUGACGAGAAGAAGGCCGCGGGUGGGGACAUGCUUCGAGCUUUCGACGCCUCACGAUUUGUGGACGGCGACAGACGAAUGGACUUCCGUUCUCCUGGCGCCGUGAAUCUGCGUGAGAUCUUCGAUGUGGGAUACUCGGUACAUCGCCAGGAAGAAGAGGCCAAGCGCAGGAAGCAAAUCGGAACCAAGGGUGCUGCAAUGUCUCGUCUUACGAACCUGAACGAAUUGUCAGAAGACGAGGAGGAGGAUAAGUCUGAUCCCGAGUAUGUGCACAAAACGGAUGCAUCGCAAUUGGAACAGCGAAUGCGGGACACGAAUUUGGGCAAGAGCCAGGAACGUGGGCGCGACCGAGAGCGUCAAGCCGAGAAGCCUACCGAAAAGGGCUACGGGCAACAUAGCGCUGCUGUAGCUCAUGCGGCUCGCCAACAAGUCCGGGAUCGCAACAAGCAGAAGGCCCCCUUUGAGUUGAGUCUUGACGGAGCGACAUUACUUGGCCGCAGGGCCCACAAGCCCACUGCUAGUGCCGGUGGCGCUUAA